AGCACUGAAUUGUCAACACCUUGAGCCAUGCUGCCUCUCUGGCAGCACACACAAGAUGCAGCAUCGGCCAGGUCGACGGAACAGAAGAGAGGGCGCAGACCUGGGCGUUUGGCGUGGCCGCUUGUCCUGGCGGUCGCCAUUUUCGCCUUGAGGCCAGUGGCAGAAUUAUGGUACGAAGGUGCGUCGGAUACCUUUGUGUCACCGAGAAGUUUAAACUCGAAGUCUGCCUUGCGUGGUCAGCAGGCAAAUGCCGCCCCAGAGGACAGCACAGCCGUUCUGGAUCGGCCAAAGGUCAACGGCCAUCGGAAGAAUGUCUCUGAGGCGAGCCAGGUAGCUGGAUCCGAGCUCCCCCAGAUCCAGCUUGAGGUUCCCAAAGAGAUGGAAGUGUUGCGCGAGGAAACCAAGCCAGAGUUCGCGGCGCCCUGGGCGCUGGUGGCGGCACUGGGCCUGGGUUUGGCCAUGGGCCUGGCACUGAGCAGGCCGCAGCUGCAGGCACCAAGUCCGGCUGCCUCGACUCUCAGCAGUCCGGCUGUGACCGCCCCUGUUGUCUUGGAGAAGGCAGCGAACGUUGCCGGUGAGAUCUCUGGCGUGGCUGAUAAGGCGAAGGGACAGAUGUACAGUGCAGCUGAUAAGGCGAAGGGACAGGUCUCUGGCGUGGCUGACAAGGUGGGCAAGGUAGUGGCCCGACUGAACGAGGCAGAGUCGCAAGAGGACCAGCUGCUGAGAUAUGAUGACAAGUUGGCCAAAAUGUACACUGGGCUCAUGGAGUCUGCAAGAGGAACCGGUGCCAGGCUUCAAGAAGUCAUGCAGAGCAUCGCCGCCGCUCCUUCUGAGAAGGGAGCUCCCAGCAGGGUCUCGACAUCCAUCGUCAAGAAGAUCCGCGACAUAGGCGACAUGCUGGAUGAAGCGCAGGCAGACGUGUACAAGGAGGAGUGGUUGUCACUCAAGGUUUAUCCGGAGAUCCUGCGGGCGUAUCUUCCUUUGAUGGAGUUCUACGAAAAUCAAGCCUUCAGCGACAACAAUGGUGACAAGCAAGUCAAUGCGGCCACUAGGGCCAGCCUUCGCUUCUACCGCCUGCAGAUGGGCACAAACCUUGCUCGACUUGGCAAGGCCAUUGAGAACCAGAAGGUCCGAGAAGUGGAAGAGGCCUUUGCCAAGACAUCCCUCGCUUAUGAUAGGUUUUUGAAAGCCGGAGACCUGUACACAGGGUACGACCCAGUCACAUCGACGACAGUCUUCUUUCAGAGCAUCAGCGACGAUCAACUGCGGUAUACUCCGCUUGCUCUCCAGCAGCCGCAGAUUCGAGAUGAGGUUCUCGUGCUACAAGGCCCAGACAAGGGCAAGGUCGGGCGCAUCAUAUGGCUCGGCCGCGAGAACGGCGAGGACAAGGACAGCAAGGUGCUGACUGCCGUCGUGAAGCUGGAGCCCAACCCUGUCCUCGGCUCCGGGAAGAACGGUGGCGUCCGGGAGGUGAAAGCUUACCCCUAUGCCUGGCUGGUCAUGACAAGGGGAAGCGACGAAGGCUAUAUCCAGGACUUGAUCCUGGCCUCAUCAGCAGCAGUCAUCUCUUGUGCUGUGACCUAUCCUUUGGAGACAAUCAAGGCUCGGGUACAAUCAAAUCUUUCGCCGAUUCCGCCAGAGGGUCCGCAGGCGUUGCUUAACGGCGUUGAGCUGAAUGUCCUGCGCGAGGCACCCAACGCAGGAUUCCUCAUGGCAGGCUUUAACUAUUUCACUCGCUUUGCAGUUGGCUUGCCCUUCAUCAACGGCAAUGACCCCAACAUGAAGUUUUUGCUGAUGAUUCCUUCAGGUGUGGUGGCAAUGUGCUCGGGCGCCUUUGUCAAAGCACCGGUGAUCGACAUCAGCAAGCAGGUUCAAGCUGGGCUCGCAGCAGACGCAGGUGAGGCCAUUCAGAAUGUCUACUUCAAGCCCAAUCCGUCCCAGGUGAGCAAGCGGUUGGCGCGCAACCUGAUGCUCACUGCCAUUCGAGGGGUCCCAUUUGGGGCUUUCCAGUGCUUCAUCUAUGAGGUGCUGAAGGACCAGACGCCAGGGUUGUUGGAGACGAUUGGAGUCCCCAUUUGGUUCGAGCCCUUCAUUUGGGGCGGCGCUGCUGGCUUCUGUACUGGCUACCUGACCAAUCCUCCGGACGUUAUUAUGCAACGCUUGGCCUUGGAAGCCAGCGAGGACGAUGAGGAUGACACGCCCUUCAGCGUCUCUGAAACCUGGGAAGAGAUUGUGAGAGCCACGCAGAAGGCUGAACUGCUGAACUGGGUCCGACUGCGAUGCGUUGGAGCAGAUUUGGUGAGUCACUUUGCCAAUGACCCUUGCCCAGAUCCUCGACGAAGAGGGCCCUGGAGGCUUUGCAAAGGGCGGGCUGGAGAAUGCCGUGUACUUCCUGCCAGAGGCUAUGGUUUGGUUUGGAGUCUAUGAAGCCCUGAAGGGAGUUGCCAAUAGCGUUUCUCAGGCCUUCUGAUUCCCGAGAGCGCUGCUCUCGCAGAGGCUACGAGAUGCCAAGAGAGUAGCUCCGUGCCACAACCGGCGCUGGGCUUUCCAAACUCGAGCUCUGGAUUGCGUUGCCUUGGGGCCGGUUUGCAAUUGGCUGCCUCCCUGUGGGCUUUUCCGCACCAGGUUUCCAAGGAUGUCAGCAAGGGUUGUCCUCUGGUGCAUCCUUGGAGGCCAAGGACUAUCCAUUUAAGGCUCCAACUUUUUCAGCAAGUCGCUCUGAGACUUGAUGGUUGUGAACCUCUCUGCGGAAAGGAUCUGACCUGCUUUCUGCCAAAUUCGCUGCAAGAACGCAGGUUGGUGGUUCACAGCAGUUGCAAAUUUUCCUGAUGAGGUUUAACCAAGUUAUGCCAGCCAGUUGCCAAAGCGCCGAGUGAACGGUUUGUCCCUUGG